UGUUGGAAUUAUAGUUGUAGGUGUGCAAAGAGCCGUAAUUCGGGCCGAUUUUUGUGUCCAAAUCCCGUUAUUUCGGGCCUAAAUUAGCGAGUUUUUGCGGGUCAAAACGAACCGGGCCAAAAAAUAGAUUAAAAAGUCGUUUUUGGCUUGCCCAAAACCCGCCCAAAACCAAAAGAAAUACGGGCCCGGCCCGCAGGCCGAAAAAAUCUGCCCAAAAACGGGCUGGGCCGAGCCAAAAUGAUCACCUCUAAGAAAAAUUAUCAAUAAAUAUCCAAGACGGCCUUGAGUGAGAUUAUUCCCCUCUAGUUUUCCGUAUCCUUAUAAAGAUUUCCUAGCAUAGUUUUUGUCAAUCUUUCCCACGAGACUUAAUUCAAUUCGCGCAUCCUCAUCAAUCAUCAUCUACUCCUUCCUCAUCCCAAUCAAUUGGUUUCUUUAUCACUGACUUUUUUGUUUCUCUCAAGGGUUGAUCACUCCUAUCUACUAAUCCUUUUCGAAGAUCGAAGGUAUCUUUCGCCGCCGCCAUUGCCGUCAUCGGCUUCAGAAACCGUAUCGGAACCGCCUCCUUCCAACGAAGGAAAACCUAGUCAGUAUAAAUAAGAAGUGGCGUUACAAAGCAGCAUCAAUAGUCGUUCCAUAUUUGCAUAAAUUCUCCCUCUUUUCAAGGCUUUUAUUUGCAUUCUAGUAAUUUUACGCUGUAUCGGUAGGUAUUAUGGCAAUUAUUAUUUCCGACUCAUUCAUGUCUGAUCUUAACGAAUUAUCAGAUGAUGAAACUAAUGUUGUUGUACAAGAAAUUUCGGACAACAACAACGUUGAUAACGUGUGGAAACUACAAAAAUCACGACGUUACAAUGACAUAAUGCAGAGAAUUGAAGAUAAAAGGCAAAAAAGUUGCGAGAAUAUUCCUGAUCAUGAGCAGUUGAUUGUUGAUUGUAAUGCGUUGUUAGUGGAUAUUGACAAUGAGAUUACGAUCGUUCAUAAUUUCAUCCGUGAUACUUACCGUCUAAAGUUUCCGGAACUCGAAUCUAUUGUUCGUCACCCAAUUGACUACGCUCGUGUUGUAAAGAAGAUUGGUAAUGAGAUGGACAUGAGUUUAGUUCAUGAUCUGCAAGAAAUUCUGCCUUCUGCUGUACUUAUGGUGGUUUCGAUAAGUGGUUCGUGUACCAAUGGAAAUAUUCUUGUAGAAGAUGUUUUAUGUAAGACAAUUGAAGCUUGUGAUCGCGUGAUAGAGCUUGAUUCGACAAGGGAAAAGAUCCUUGAUUUUGUUGAAACAAGGAUGGUAAAUAUUGCACCAAAUCUUUCGGCUAUUGUUGGGAGUGCAGUUGCAGCAAAACUUAUUGGGACUGCUGGAGGUUUACCAGCACUAGCUAAUCAUGCAGCUUGUGAUAUUAUGUCUUUUGGGGCCAAGGCCAACAAGGAGAUUUUGGCGGGUUUUUCGAGACAAUUUCGUGGAGUUGGUGGUGGUGGUGGUGGCUAUAUUGAGGAGACAGAGAUAGUUCAGAGUACGCCUCCUUGUUGGAGAAAGCAAGCAUGUCGUGUUGUGGCUGCAAAAUCGAUGCUUGCAGCUCGAAUGGAUUCCACAGCAGGAGAUAAAACUGGAGAGACUGGGAGGAAAUUUUAUGAAGAGAUUUACAAGAAGAUUGAGAAGUGGCAAGAGCUACCACUUCCUAGGAUGUCCAAACCUCUUCCCGUGCCUGAUUUAAGACCGAAAAACAAAAGAGGUGGACUUAGGCUAAGGAAGGCCAAGGAAAGAUAUGGUAUUACGAAAACGAGCAAAUUGGCGAAUAGGAUGGCAUUUGGUGUGGCUGAAGAGAACUAAAGAAACAUCAGACCUGUGCUAGUAAACCUGAUAAAGCAAUUAAGUCAACUUGAGAGAGGCCAUGAGAAGCAAACAUUUUCCUGAGUUGCUUGUAGUUGAAUCGAGC